UUUUAUCAUUUCAAACUGCACGCGGGCGGGAUUUUUCUGUUUGCCCUUUGCGUCACGUGAGUCUGCUUGCCCUCAGUGGGUGUCGGGAAUGUGACAGCUUUGAAAAAAAAGCAGGCUGAGUGGUCUCGGUGCUUCAGCGGACCAUUUGCAUGUGAGAAAAACCCUCGCGAUGGGGAACAACGAGUCAUCGGCGCUGUUUCCCCAGCAGCUGAUCUCCUCCAGUCAAGCGUACAGAGCGGAGUGUCAGGUCUCCAUCCGGCAAGGGCCCAUCAAACUUGAACUACCCCGGACCCCCCAAAGCUCUAAAUCUGGCCCUGAUAUUGCAACCGUAGAUGCAAACCUACAGCACCGCCCUGUGGCUAAUCGCCAGUAUUACAUUCUUCCUCAUGGCACGGUGGAGAGGCGAUCAUCUGCACUGGCUGUUAAUCUGGAGUCUCCACGCUUCCACCCGCACGCCAAGGGCAAAAACAUCCGUCUGGAUGCCCAGCUGCGACGUGCAACACGCAAGAACAGCUUCUGCCAUGGCCUGACGUUCAGCCAGAGGCCCAUCCGUCUUUACGAGCAGGUACGCUUGCGCCUGUCGGGGGUGCACUCAGGCUGGAGUGGCGCACUACGCUUUGGCUUCACCAGUCUAGACCCGGGUGAGCUCACCUCAUCCGACAUCCCCAAAUACGCCUGCCCGGACCUGGUCGCACGGCCCGGAUACUGGGCCAAGGCCCUGCCAGAAAGGCUGGCUGCAAAGGACAACGUGCUGGCUUUCUGGGCUGAUCGGCACGGCCGCGUCUUCUACACGGUGAAUGACGGUGAGCCUGUAUUGUUCCACUGCGGCCUGAGUACUGCCCGUCCGCUCUGGGCCAUCAUUGACAUCUACGGCAUCACGCAGGAGGUCACACUGCUUGAAAGCACGUUCGCCGACAGUACAAGCUGCCUGAGCGUGGCACGUCUCAGUGCCUACCUGCCUCCAAGCAACCAUGACUCAGCAAACUACAGCAACAACCAGUUAGAAAGCAACCAGGCUGCCAAGAUGGCUGCCUUGCACCUGAGCAGCUCCUCGCAGCUAAGCCCGUGCUGUUCCUCCUCAUCCUCUUUCGGUGUUCAAAGGUUAUCCCGUGGCCUUCCCUCUACCCUUGAUGCCGACCUGAGAUUUCACCCGGUGCGCGGCGGUGACGUACUCCUGUCCAGCGACCGCGCUAUGGCCUGCGUCCACAAUUCGGAUGGCAUGCGGACUUUGGUGUUCAGCGACAGGCCCAUGAGGCUUGGUGAGACUAUGUUUGUGGAGGUGAGUCACAUGGGCCCGUCUUGCCUUGGCAUGCUGCUUUUUGGCAUGACUUCAUGUGACCCGGGCACACUGCACGCUGCAGAGCUACCUGCUGAGCCUGAUGCUCUCCUAGAUCGUAAGGAGUACUGGGUAGUGCAGCGUGGACUCCCUGCGCCUGCGCCUGGUGACGUGCUGAGCUUCAGGCUUCUGCCCGAUGGAGAAGUGCAUCUUGGGAUUAACGGGGUAGCGCGUGGACGCUUGCUGUGUGUCGACUCCUCUCAGGCUCUGUGGACCUUCUUUGCUCUACGUGGUGCCGUCAACCGACUCAGGAUAUUAGGAACACUGCAGGCAAGUCCAUCCACGUCCCCCUCUGUAUCCCAUGGCACAGCGUCUGAUGACAGCGACUCUGACCUGACUUUUAGUGUCAAUCGAUCCUCAUCUGCCUCUGAGUCCUCCCUCGUAACAGCCCCCAGCUCUCCUCUUAGCCCCCCUGUCUCGCCCAGCCUGUCCUUUACAGAGAUGCCACUGAACACCAAGAGCGGCGAAUGCACCGUGUGCUUCGAUCAAGAGGUGGACACUGUCAUUUACACAUGCGGACACAUGUGUCUCUGUCACGAGUGUGGACUCAAGCUCAAGAAACAGAUCAACGCUGGCUGCCCUAUCUGCCGGAGACCCAUCAAGGACGUGAUAAAAACGUACAGGCCAUGAGAGGACUCACAGACUCAGAACCCAACAAGCGGCUGAGAAACGGCGUUCUACUCUGAACCGAGUUAGCAUUUCAGGACUGUUCUGUAGCUUUGACUCCUGUAGCGUAACCUCACUCUCUAUACCCAACCCUAUUCCCCCCCCCCCCCUCCUCCCUUUUCCUACCCAGUUCAAAAGCAGUGGAUUGUUGUUGUAUUUUUUAAUUAUUAUUAUUGUUCGGAACAGCAGGUUUGUCUGAUGCUCGCUCAGACAUUUUAGUGCCUUUAGUGACCUUCGUCUCAAAAGCAGCGCCUACCAACCUGACAAUCAUAUUUGAUAAACAGAGAUAUAUAGUAUAUACAACUUUUAUCAGAAAGACCCUGAGAGGCUUUUUAAUCAAUAGAACUAACAGUAAGUUGUAAAGAGAUAAUAAUGAAUAAUUAUUUUGGUUUGGUAUUUUAAAAGUAAAUCUAUGUGUUUCCAGUUGUGUUAAAUGGAUAAUAAAGGAAAUCUGUUCAUUUGUACAGUAAAAGAUGAGAGGACAUUUAUUGCACUUGACUGGGUAAACUGUAUCUGCAGAUAGACGUCAUCUGAAGGCAUUUCUUUAUGGACAGCGACUUUAUUUUAGGGAGAUACAUAAACUAUAUUUUUUGUAUGAAAGCUCAUUUCAUUAUUAUGGUUGUAUGAUUAUGUGAAAUGGUAUAUAACCAGUAUAAAAAUGCAUUCUUUUAUUAAGGAAACCCUUGCACAUUUUUAAUUUCACACACAAUCUCUGCACAUUUAAUAGAAUAUAUAAACAUCAGGUCAGUGUAGAGGUGUAAAGUUUUAACCACACAGCACACAAAACGCUAGAAAAGUGUUCCAAAUAGGCCAGAAUUUCGCAUUUUAAUGUUUUCGAAAGUUGUUUUAUUAUUAUUAGCACUGUUCCAUCUCGUCAUGUUCCAACUAGGGAACGUGGAGUCCCGUGGUGACUAUUGUGUUUAUUUACAUUUUGUAUGACCAGGUAGGACCUCCAGUCAAUAUUCACACACAGUCACACACUACGGGUAAUUUGGGAACGCCAGUUAGCCUAAUCUGCGUGUUUUUCAACUGUGAGAGGAAACAGGAGAACCCAAAGGAAACCAACCAAGCACAUGGAGAACAUGUAAACUCCAUGCACACAGACCCCGACAUGGGAAUCGUACCCAGGACCUUGAGGUGCAAGCCACUGUGCCACCAUUAGCACCUCUAUAAACUAAUAAACCUGCCUUUAACACAUGA